AUGGUGCUGCAGGAUCAUCAGGGCCUCACCCCUCGCAUGCGUGCAAUCAAGCAGAACCAGCUGGGAGCAGCGAAGGUGCUGCUGAAGCUGGAGCAGCAGCAUGCGGGAAGGCGUCAGUCGGGUGCGCCCAGCAGCAGGCAUUCACGCCGCGAGCACGCUGAAGCCCCGGGGACUGCUCCAGCCUCCACAGCUGCUGCCGAGGCUGCAGCCGAGGCUGCUGCUGCCCAGCUGCUGGCAGAGGAGGAGCUCCAGGAGCAGCAGGCGGGCAGGCAGGCCGCCAAGGCCGCCAAGAGGCAGCGACAGAAGGAGCGGCAGCGACAGCGGGCUGCUGUGCCGGCUGACGAGGCGGGCGAGAGUGCCGCAGGCCAGGCUGCGGUGCCAGCGCCGGCUUCUGAGCAGGCAGAAGAUGCAUCAAUGGCAGCUGCAGCCACAUCCACGCCGGCAUCGGUAGGUUUCGAGCAGGCAGAGCAUUUCACCUCAGCCGCCCGCCCAGCUACGCCCGCCACGCCUGCUGCUGCUACUGGCAGCCGGCAGGGCAGCGGCAAGAAGAAGAAGAACAAGGGAGGAGCGCAGACAGCGGCAGCGCAACCAUACGUGCAGGCAGCAGCUGGCAGCGCUGGUGCUGCCACUGCUUCAGCAGACGGGACACCAGAACAAGAAGCAGCGGCAGCAGCUGGAGGCGGCAGCGGUGCCGAUGACAGCGCCGAGCUGGCGCUAUUGCUGCAGCAGCUGGGGGUGCAGACAGCAGGGGAGGGGCCCUCUGCGGCUGCUCCUGCCGGCUCGCUGCCAGCUUCGAGAACAGCAGCCGAAGAGGCACCAGCGCCAGACCCGGCCCCUCAUCCUGCUGCCGCCGCCACCACCACCAGCCUGCCCGCCAGCCUGCUCAGCGAGCUGCUGUGCCCCAUCACCCAGGAGCCGAUUCAUAACCCCGUGGUGGCGGCAGAUGGCAACCUGUACGAGCGAGCCGCCAUCAAGGCCUGGAUUGCGCGUCAGAAGGCUGCUGGGCAGGCGCCCUGCUCCCCCCUCACCAAUCUGCCGCUGGAGCACUUGAUGCUGACCCCUGUGCGGGCGCUGCGCAGCCUGGUGGCGGGAGCCCAGGCGGCGGGGCUGCUGGAGUGA